AUGGCCAGCUCCGGAGCCAAGUAUACCCCUCCGCCUUCGCCGCCUUCCCCGACAGCAUCCUUCUACGAUGUGAGCGACGACGAGGAGGAUGAAUACAACACCAUUUCCCACGCCACAAGCCGAAGGGGCGUAAAGCUCUUGUUCUCCAAAAGCAAGGUCUACGUGCAUCCCACGCCUUCGUUCAAAGACAACAUCCCUGGUUUCAUCGCCCUCAUUCAACAAAAGCCUGUCCCCUCCUCUUCCAAUACCACGACCCCCACCUCUUCUCCAAAAAAAUCUGAUCUCUCCUCCUACCUCCUGGCCUGGGUUCCCGAAUCGUCUUUGGGUGAUGCCUACAGCACCUACGUCAAAGUCGACCUCUCCGAAGACGACUCGCCGCCGAAACAGAAAUACCUCGUACCGCCCCUCCCUGCCACAACGACAUACAAAGAUCCCAUCGGUCUCUACGCAUUUGCUGUCCCGCUAUCAGAGAUCUACUCCCUCCUUGUACGACCUCCAAGUCUAGGAUGGUGGUUCGGCAGUCUCGUGAUCAACUCCCGAGCAGGUGAUAGCUUCCCCGCACUGUUUUUCCAUGACAGUGAGUGCCAGUCCACUAUUCUACAGAAGAAACGAAGAACACAAGAGUCCUUCGAUCCAUUUGGCGAGGAUGGCACUGUGUUCUGGGGUGGCGACGAGGUGCUCAGGUGGCUUCGGAAGUAUGUCGAGGUUCAGCGGUCCGCCGUGGAUAGUAGCGUCUACCUGAUCAAUCCAUCUGACGAGGACCGGAUCUCCUUUGGACGCCCGUUGUCUUCAGGCGGAACUGCGAGAACCUCGCAGGACCAAGCUGUCACACCGGCAGGUCCAAGUGCUGGCGGGCCGCAAGACGCUGGAAUGGAUCCGUUCAUGAAGGCAAUCAAGGAAACAAGGUGGAAAGUGCUGGAACAGCUGAGCAAGAUCACCACCUUCACGCGCCGGACAGCAAACGAAAUCGCCGAUAAUCCGCGCAUCCCUCCACAGGUUCGGCGUCUGAUGAAGACCCCCGAGAUCCAGACUCUGCAGGAUGAAUUCGAUAGCGCUCGUUUAUAUCUGGCUCGCUGGGCUAUGAGCAUCUCGGAACAAAGUGAACGUGAGCGCAACCAACGGAUAUGGACGGCUCGCGAUGUCCUCGAAAUGGAAAACAGCUCUGUUGGCGAUUUUGAGAUCCUCGACCUAGAGACUGGGACCAUGUCUAUCCAGGAGCGUCGCAAAGUCCUGACGUUGAAAGAGUGGGAGGGGUUCUUCGACCCAAUGACUGGGCGGUUACAGGUCACUGUCGACGAGGUGAAGGAGAGGAUAUUCCACGGAGGCCUCGAGCCGAACGACGGUGUCCGGAAAGAGGCAUGGCUGUUCCUCCUUGGGGUAUACUCAUGGGAUAGCAGUCGAGAGGAACGUCAGGUCAUGAUGAAUUCUAAGCGCGAUGAGUACAUCCGCCUGAAGGGCGCCUGGUGGGAGAGAAUGAUCGAAGGAUCAUCCACGGUCGAGCAGUAUGAGUGGUGGAAAGAGCAAAGGAAUCGGAUUGAAAAGGAUGUCCACCGAACCGAUCGCACAAUACCUCUGUUCGCGGGAGAGGACAUUCCCCAUCCAGACCCAGACUCGCCAUUUGCGGAUACAGGGACAAACGUGCAUCUGGAGCAAAUGAAGGACAUGCUGUUAACAUAUAACGAAUACAACCCGGACCUUGGCUACGUCCAAGGUAUGAGUGACCUGUUGGCGCCGAUAUACGCCGUCAUGCAAGACGACGCUGUUGCAUUCUGGGCAUUUGUCGGAUUCAUGGAUCGAAUGGAACAGAACUUCCUACGCGACCAGUCAGGCAUGCGCGUGCAGCUCCUCACCCUGGACCACCUCGUGCAACUCAUGGACCCUCGGCUCUAUCUGCACCUUCAAUCCGCCGACAGCACGAACUUCUUCUUCUUCUUCCGCAUGCUUCUAGUCUGGUACAAGCGCGAAUUCGAAUGGGUCGACGUCCUCCGUCUUUGGGAAACACUAUGGACAGAUUACUAUUCGAGCAGUUUCCACCUGUUUAUUGCGCUCGCCAUUCUUGAGAAGCACCGCGACGUGAUUAUGGACCAUCUCAAACACUUUGACGAAGUCCUCAAAUACAUCAACGAACUGUCGAACACGAUGGAACUUGUCCCAAUACUGACCCGCGCGGAAUCACUCUUCCGCCGGUUUGAACGCGCCGUUCAGGCCAUCGAUAAGAAGAAUAAUUUCCCGGCUCCCGCAGCCCACCAACGAAGACCUGCGACUGCGGACCCGUCUUCCCCAGACAAAGGCAAAUCACCACAACGCCCCUCAAGUACUGCAUAUAGUAGUGGCGUCAGCGCAGGAACUAGUGGCAGCCCUCUAGCGGGUGACAGCACGGAGCAGCCCAAGGUCAUUUCACCAGAACUGAGAGAUUUGUUCCGCAAGGAUAUUUUCUGGAAACAAGAGCCGUCGGGACGGCAACAAAAUGCUCCAGCGGCGCCCUGA